UUUUGGCUCCCAGGCCACCCCGACGCGCUCGGGUGCUUCGCGGCUUCCCUCCGCCCCGUGAACCCGUCCCUCGCGCGCUGGCCCUUUAGCCCUGGGCGGCCCAACAGCGCCAGCUCGCCCAUCCUCCGGUCAGUCAGCGCACCCGGCGUGGUUUCCGCUGCCUCCCCUGGACCGCUUAGUCUCAACCCGGGUGUGCUCCCGCUCCUGGAGGUUAACUUUUUUUCCUCCUACAUCUCUCCCCCCACCCCACUCCAAGAAUGAAACAUGACUGAGGACUCUCAGAGAAACUUUCGUUCAGUGUAUUAUGAAAAAGUGGGGUUUCGUGGAGUUGAAGAAAAGAAAUCAUUAGAAAUUCUCCUAAAAGAUGACCGUCUGGAUAUUGAGAAACUUUGUACUUUUAGUCAGAGGUUCCCUCUCCCAUCCAUGUACCGUGCAUUGGUAUGGAAGGUGCUUCUAGGGAUCCUGCCUCCACACCAUGAGUCGCAUGCCCAGGUGAUGAUGUAUCGCAAGGAGCAGUAUUGUGAUGUCCUUCAUGCCCUGAAAGUCGUUCGCUUUGUCAGUGACGUCACACCCCAGGUUGAAGUCUAUCUCCGCAUGUAUCAGCUGGAGUCCGGGAAGUUGCCUCGAAGUCCCUCUUUUCCGCUGGAGCCAGAUGAUGAAGUAUUUCUUGCCAUUGCUAAAGCCAUGGAAGAAAUGGUGGAGGAUAGUGUCGACUGCUACUGGAUCAUCCGAUGCUUUGUGAACCAAUUAAAUAAUAAGUACCGGGAUUCUUUACCCCAGCUGCCAAAGGCUUUUGAACAAUACUUGAAUCUGGAAGACAGCAGACUGCUGAGUCAUAUGAAGUCAUGUUCUGCAGUGUCCAAACUUCCUUAUGAUGUCUGGUUCAAGAAGUGCUUUGCGGGAUGCUUGCCCGAAUCCAGUUUACAGAGGAUUUGGGAUAAAGUUGUAAGUGGAUCCUGUAAAAUCCUAGUUUUUGUAGCUGUGGAAAUUUUAUUAACCUUUAAAAUAAAAGUAAUGGCACUGAACAGUGCAGAGAAGAUAACAAAGUUUCUGGAAAAUAUUCCCCAGGACAGCUCGGAUGCGAUCGUGAGCAAGGCCAUCGACUUAUGGCACAAACACUGUGGGAACCCCGUACAUUCAGCCUGAGCACUCCCGAUAGGGAUUGGACAGUCUGCCAGGCCUGCCCUGAGCAUUUUAUUCUUGGCACAUGACAUACUAAACUGAUUGAAAAUAGUCUUCUUGCUUCGGUGCUCCAAGUGUAAUUUUUUUUUUUCCAGUAAAAUCAUUUAAUUGAAAUACCUGGUGUUGCUGUGUUGUGGAGCAGCAUCUUUUGGUUAUUACAGAAAUGCCAAGUUCAUCUCUGAACAGCAUUUUAUAAGGGUUGUGAGAAAACAGCUCCCAGUUUUUAUCAGUCCGGGUGGGAGGGUACAUUAAUAAGCAGUGCAUAACUAAGCCUGCCCUGCCUCUGUCUAAUUAGCAUCAAGCUAGUUACUUUCUAAGGUCUAUUUCUGGAAUAAAGAGCAACUUCCUUCCGUUGACACCUCUGGUUGGCUUUUCUUGAUGCAGUACCUGUUUAAAUAUAAGCCGACUUCCUUCUGAGGCUUCAUCUUGCUAAAAAGCCUUUUAAAAAGAUCUUACUUCUUUUUUUUCUCUUUGUUCCAGUUGGAAUAAAACCAUUAUUAAAACAAAAUACAUCUAAAUUUACCAGAGAAAGUACUUGUUUGAUAUUUUACUGGACUCAUGCUUUUUCCUCAUGGGUCAUUAAAUGUUGGGUAGACUUAAGGGCACUGUGCCACACACAAAAGGAGUGGGAGAAAUGGCAGGUUAAAGUUAAUAGCUAAUGACCCCUAAGCCAUGUUGUGCUACAUAAGAGUCACAAUUCAUUGGACAGUUGCUGGCUUUGAGACUGGUGAGUGAAAAAUGGACCCUUUGUUUCAGACUGAUUUCAUCUGUCAGACUUGUAAGAGCCUGAGUGGUGAAUUGGACUCUCCACCUCACCCCAUCCCCUAAGAGAGGAGGGAGACGAUGAAAUUAUGGAGUUACAAUUCUGAGGAUUCAGCCCCUCCCAAAUAUGUAAAUGUCUGUUGAGAAAAAGUUCAGAGAAAACUGAAUUGAAAUCAGCUGGUGGUUAUGUACAGUAACAUAUCCAAGAGUAUUUCUUUAUUAAAAACAAAAAUACACUUAGAAGAAGAACCUCUUAAAGAAAUGACUUUAAGAAAUGACUUGUUGCCAGCCAUUUAUUCAGUGAUCCCCUCAGCCCCUGGAGAACUUUUAAUCCAAUUGGGGGUAUAAGAAAAAACACACAAAGGAAUUCCUUCCCCAGUUGCCUACUAUCUAGGUAUCUUGGGGGAAUAUAUGAAAUUUACAGAGAAGUCAUAAAACAAAAAUAAUGUUACUUCUGUUUAAUUACUGAGCCUUAUAUCAUUUGCACACAUUUUUAGUAAAAUAGAGAUGAUGAAGUGGUGUUAGUACAUCCCAACUCCAGAAAGAAAAAAAAAGUCAGUCUCUCAAGAGGAUAGUUUCAAGGUGUGUGCUCCUGCUAACUCAUGCCUGAAUGCCCAGAGAAGUGAUGCCUGCAGGAGAGUGAGCGUGGGAGGUGGGAGCCAGGAGCCGGGAUCCGAGAGCUGGGAGUCGGGAGCUCAGAGCCAGGAGCCAGGAGCCUGGGACGUGUGGGGAGGAGGAAGGCUGACAGAUAAAGUUCCUCUCACAUCACCAUUCUGGCUGGGGUCCAGGUGAUCUGAAGUGGAAGAUGACUACUGUACUGCUAGGGAACCUGAAAAUAAAUAUUCUGUAAAUA